UCAUUUUCCAUCUGGAUGGACAAUCGUAAGUAUCCCUGUAACCAGUUCUAUGUUCAGAUUAUGAGAAAAAACAAGGCGGGAGAAUAUAUAAAUGCCACCAAUGCGUAUAAAUACGAAGAGGAAGAAUGCGCAAAGAGCAGUCGAGGUCUGCGUUUCCUACUAUUAUUACCGAUACCAUUGUCGCGCCGGGACAUAUCAACUCUUGUGCACGGCCAUUGUCAGUCCGAAAGGAAAAUGUUUGUAGCAACUGUUACUUUGGCAUUUGUCGUAGCUUACGUGUCGGCGGAAAUACCCUCCUAUAUUCACGUGUGCGGCCGCAAGGAUCCGAACCUCGAUGAAUGCAUCUUGAAGAAUGUUGAGAAUCUCAGAAGUAAAAUAUGCGAGGGCAUACCGGAGCUUAACGUUGAACCACUUGAACCGCUGUACAUCGACAAAAUUGACAUUAUCAGCACAGACAAUCUCAAAAUAUCCGUCACGGACGUGUACAUAAGCAACCUCUGCAAUUACGAAAUAAAAUAUUUCCACUUGGACCUCGCGAAGAAACAUUUCGACGUUGAACUUUUAUUUAAGCGAAUCUAUAUCAACAUGACGUACGGCAUGGACGCGAGAAUAUUGGUGCCUGUUGCCAUGAAAGGGAAAAUCGGUAUUACCUCAGAUAACGUGGAGGCGAAAGCAGGCAUUGACCUAAAAGUGAUAAAUAAGAACGGCAAGGAAUACGUAUACGUGUCGAAUAUAAACCUGGAUAUCGAUAUCAAAGAAUACAAGGCGGAUCUCAGCUCGAUUAACGACAGAGACUUAGCCCUGAUGCGUCAACUAAGUGAAAACGUCAUAAGCAAUAACCAACAGGAGAUGCUCAGGAUGUUGAAGCCGGUCCUCGAGGAUGUCGUUUCCAAGCAAAUCUUUCGCUUUGCCAACGCGAUAGUUAAACAUUUCACUUACGACGAGCUCUUCCCCGACCGAACAUAAGUCUUCCUGCCUUCUUCUUCUUUCGUCCAACUUGAGCGUCGUCGGGUAUGUAUCCACUUCGCUUUAAGCAUAGCACUAGAAUGGACGAAUCAAAGAUGGAUGAGUAACUGUUGUUCUUACUGUACAGUUUUACUUUGAAUAUCUUCGAGAUUUCUUCAACAAAUUGUAUGUAUCUUCUGCUCAACAAAUACUCGAAAUCGGGCAAUAAAAAACACAAAAUGUUUCAUUA